CGCCUCUCAGCCGAACGCACGCUGACGUUAAAAACGAUUGAAAUAACUAGCCUGAAAACGAUUUAGAUCGAUUCUUCUUGCGUUGCAGUAACGGCAACGAGAGAGAACAUUUCCAGACUGACGAGCACGCGGAACGUUUUUGAUUAAUCAGCGUUUUAUCUUGCUGACUAAAUUAUGUCGGUUACGGAGAUGUUCACUUAUAUCCAGGGCUUUUUAAGCGCGGAUCAAGACGUGAGAGAGGACAUAAGAAAAGUAGUCCAAGUCCUCGAACAGACUGCAAGGGAAAUCUUGACUGUGCUUCAGAGUGUUCACCAACCAAGCGGUUUCAAAGACAUUCCUAGCAAAUGCCAAAGGGCACGCGAGCUCUUCUGCACUGUAAGAACGCACAUGGGAGAUUUGAAAACAAAGUUUCCUGCAGAACAGUAUUACCGGUUUCACGAGCAUUGGCGUUUCGUGCUUCAGCGAUUGGCAUUCCUGGCUGCUUUCGUAGUCUACUUGGAGAGUGAGUCCCUGGUGACUCGAGAGGAGGUUGCCAAGAUCAUUGGAAUUGAAACAGUCAGAGAGAAAGGAUUUCACCUGGACAUCGAGGAUUACCUGGCAGGUGUUCUGAUCAUGGCAAGUGAACUGUCUCGCCUGGCCGUGAACAGCGUGACGGCCGGUGACUACGGCCGCCCCCUGCGCAUCUCCAACUUCAUCAACGAGCUGGACUCGGGCUUCCGCCUGCUCAACCUGAAGAACGACCCGCUGCGCAAGCGCUACGACGGCCUCAAGUACGACGUGAAGAAGAUCGAGGAGGUGGUCUACGACCUCUCCAUCCGGGGGCUGGCCAAGGAGCAGGAGGCCGGAGGAGACAAAUAGAGCGGGGGAGGAGUCCAGGGGAGAAACGGAGGGGGGGGGGGGGGGGUCGGAGGAGGACGAGGAGUGUGCAGGGGUUCACCUGUAAUCACCCUGUGCUGGGACUGCCUCCCUCUCUCCCCCCCCUGAAAAAUCAUGGUUUGUCCCAGAGACUUCACCUGCGAACGAGCAGGAUAGAUAGAGUAUAGAGAAUGGAGGGAUAGAGAGGAGUGUGAGGGAAGAGAGAGAGAGAGAGAGAAGUGGGAGGGAGGAGAGAGUGAAUGGAUGAUGGCCCCAGCUGCCUCAGACAUGUAGAGGAGUGCGAGUGUGUGUGUCAAGUGAGCAAGGUGUGUGUGUGUGUGUGUGUGUGUGUGUGUGUGUGUGUGUGUGUGUGUGUGUGUGUGUGCGUACGUAUGCGUUUGAAUGAGAAAGAGAAUUACAGAAGUCUGUUGGCCAAAGCUGCAAAACACCCUUAUUUUGAAUGAGGCGAAACUACAGAUUUCUUGUUGCAGCUCAGAAAGUGUUCGCUCUUGUACAGUUGUAUUCAGUGCUGCGCCCAUUCCAGCUACCAUGCGAUUUGAUUGCAUUGUGCUUCUUUUGUUGUUGCUGGCUUUUGUGCAAGUAAUGUUGUCGCAAUUUUUGUCUGAUCGCACCUUCAAAUACACUGGUGCAAAGGCAAACAAAGUAUUGGGGGCAGUGAAGGUAUUUGAUUCGUUCAGUUUUGUUUUUUCAAAAGAAAAAUCAAAUCAUACAUGUGGCGGUGGAUUUUUUUUGGAAAUGAUCUUGUGUGUAAAGGUUUAGGAAAACACUAAGGAAUGAUGUAAAGUACAUAUCCAAUGGUGCUCAAGUAAAGAUGGAUGUUCCAAUUUCACACGUCACUAAGCUUCUUUUAAACAGACCGGAGACGAAAAAUGUCAUGUGUUUCAUGCAUGUUUGUGUUUGUCUCUGUUGUUGAGACGUUAAUGUUACGUACAGUUUACUUCCACUGGUCUGCUAAUAUACUGUGCUAUGCUUAGGAAAUGUCAGUGUACAGAUGGUGUUAAUUCAAACAAAUCAGACAGGCCAUUUUGCACUCCUAACACAUACAUUACAUACAUUAAGUAUACAUAUACAUAUACAUUAAUAAAUGUAUUACUGCUUUUGUAACUUGGAAAACACCUGUUUUGUUAUCUCAGGUCUGUACGCAUCAUUGUGUUCUGCAUCCACUUAAGGCCUAUUCCAUUUUCGUUCUAUUCCAUUUUGUUUUUGCAAAGUUCUCUUCUACAAUGACUACCUUUCCAAAGCUCCCUCCUAAAAAUGAAGACACGCCUACCGUACUUCCCAAAGAAAAGGCCUCACGGCACGCCUAACACUAAAUUCUGAUUAUGGUCUCCUGCCGUUGAGCUGUUGGUAUGGCAUUUUGGCUCUCUUGCAUGAAAGGCGUGAUGCACGCUGCUGUUGCAUUGCGAUUUCUCGCUGUCUCUUCUCUCUGCCCGGUGACGUCACUUUGGCUGGUCAGCACGUUGCAGUCCUUGGAGUCUCUUUCGUAAGACAAGGGCAUCGACACACCACUGCUGUGCUUUCAGUCAGGGGGAAAUGUCCUCACAGAGUGGCACAGUAAAGAGCAGAGGAAAAGACAGCACAACAACAGUGAUCACGCUGUACCUACAAAACAUCAAGUCACAAAGUGACACAUUUUUGUGUUCCAUUACUGUUUUAUUUACUGUUUUGUUUUUAUUUCUUUUCACUGGAAGCAAGCUUCAGUGCCAACGUCUUACAUUACGUAAUUACUGUGUGCUUAGUGAGUCUUUCAAUUCUAGCUAGUUACCUUGAAUAAUUGGUGUGGCAAACCUUUGUAGGCUUCUUUUGCCUUUCUAGUGGAUGUCAAGUGUUAUUUUUUUGUAUUUCUUCUUGACUUGACUUGAUUGAACUUUUUUGUGUAAAACAAUACCUUUGAAAUGUUUUGAGCGGUUCUUUUUUUGUGAGCAAUAAGAUAAAUGCACUCUUGUAUUGCUGACUGGUUGAGUCGACUGAACAAGUCCAAUAAAGAGAGAUUUCUAAUA